ACUGCAGUCAUUGGUAAAGAGCCGGCCGGUGAUCCGAACAGGCUGCGUUGAUUUACUAGGAAAGGUUUUUUUUUUGCGCGGCUGUAUCAGGAGAAUAAGUCUCCUUCUCUCCAUUCACCAUGUCCCUGGAGAAGAGUCCAGUUGCGCCCAAAAAGAGUUCUGAAAACGACGUCAGCAAUGACGAAACAAUUUCUGUUAAUCCAUGCAAAACUCCUAUCCAGAUGCUUCAUGAAUUUGGGACAAAGAAUGGAAAUCCCCCAUUGUAUACAAUGGAGAAGGCAGAGGGACAAGCACAUGAGCCAUAUUUCACGUUUCGUGUUGUUAUAGGUGACAUAUCCUGUUCAGGAGAAGGUCCUAGCAAGAAAAUGGCAAAACAUAAAGCAGCAGAAGCAGCCCUGAAAUUAUUAAAAGGAAACACAAAUGUCUGCUCGCCUGUGACUGAAACUGCUGGCAACCCCAGGCAGCUAUCAAAUCAGAACCAAGUUAAUCCCGUUGGUGCAUUGCAGGAACUUACUAUACAGAAAGGAUGGAGAUUUCCAGAAUAUAUACUGUCACAAGAAUCUGGACCUCCUCACAAGAGGGAGUUUACCAUGACUUGCAGGUUGGAGUCUUUUGCAGAAACUGGAUCUGGCACAUCUAAAAAAGAGGCAAAAAAGAUUGCUGCAGAGAAGUUACUUGCCAUAUUCCAAAAUAUUACUACAGAUAACUUGAAUAUUUCAUUGGAAAAGUUGAUUGGAAACAACCUUGGGUGCACAUGGGAUCAUCUUAAAAAUUCAACUGGAGAGAAAAUAAGUUUGCUAAAAAGAAGCCCACUCAGUAUUCCCAACACGGACUAUGUCAAAAUGCUUGGUGAAGUAGCAGAGGAGCAAAAAUUUAAUGUUAAAUACUUGGAUAUAGAGGAACUGAGCGUUAAUGGACAAUACCAGUGUCUUGCUGAAUUAUCUUCAAAUCCUGUUACUGUCUGUCAUGGGACUGGGAUCUCUUGUGGUAAUGCUCACAAUGAUGCUGCUCAUAAUGCACUUCAGUAUUUAAAAGUUGUGGCAGGUCGGAAUUAAAGUAUGAAUUUACUAUUCUCGCCAAAAAGAAUGACUUAUACUGUUAUCGAAAAUGAAAUAACCACGGGUUCUGAUUUGGGAUUUCUCUGUUGAACUUGCUUCAAACUUUGACUCCCGAAAACACCUAAAAAUUGGAAGGAAAAUGUUGUGUUUUUUGUUGUUGUUGUUUUUUCCCUUUUUUUUGUUUUUUGUUGUUGAAAAUUUAGUGAGAAAAUACUUUGACAUGACACAUCAAAUUUAAUAAUUUUUUUUUUUAUCAAGGGCUCAAUAAUACUCUUGGGGGAAAAAAUCUUUAUUAAAAAAAAAAAAUAAUUCAUGAAUUUUACAUCUUUUUGGAAAUGGUUUGUACUUGGAUUUUGUUUUUAAAUUUUAUUUUAAUGCUUAUGUAUCUUAGUUAAAUAAACUGAAAACUGGUUUGCUUUU